AUGUCCUCGUCAUCUAUAUUAGACAUUGGUGAGAAGGUGUUAUUCGAUGAUAGAAUAGAAAGUAUUGAAUUUCACCCGUACACUCCGUAUAAUGACUCUUUCAAAAAUAACGACAACAUCCACAUAUGCAUCAACCGGCAAGAUCUAAUCCUACUACCGAGUCAGAGUCAAAUAUUAGUGGAAGGCACAGUGGAGAAAGGAUGUCUACUGGUCAACAACGGUGCUGCAUUUUUAUUUCAAGACAUUCGUUAUGAAUUGAACGGUGUGGAGAUUGAUCGAGCGAGAAACUGCGGUAUCACGUCCACCAUUAAGGGAUUAGUCUCAUACACCAAGGAAAUGGACCAUAGUCUUCAGACAGCGGGGUGGGAAGUCGGUGCCAAAAAAAUACAUGACAAGUUUACUAUAACUAUACCACUAUCCCAUUUCUUGGGUUUCGCCGAGGACUAUAAAAAGGUUAUUAUGAAUGGGAAACACGAGUUGAUAUUAAAUCGCGCCAGUACAGAUGUAAACUGUUUAGAUUUAGCACCCGUUGAUGCGGACAAGGUACCGCAACCGCCGAUUCCAAAUGGUGAGAUUGAAAUUAGUCGUGUCACAUGGAGGAUGCCAGUCAUAAAAGUAUCUGAUAAGGAGAAACUGCGUUUAAUGUCGUAUGUUGAGAGGAGCAUACCGGUUCAGAUAGCGUUCCGCACGUGGCAACUGUACGAAUAUCCCAUACUACCUGCCUCACAACGUCAUAUUUGGUGCAUCAAGACUAGCACUCAGCUGGAGAAACCUCGCUAUCUCAUUGUUGGUUUCCAAACGGAUCGUAGAAACGACAAGACCAAAGAUAUGAGCAUAUUUGACCAUUGUAAUCUUACCAAUUGCAGGGUGUAUUUGAACGCAAAGUAUUAUCCAUACGAUCCCUUUUCGGCCGAAUUUAAAACCAACAACUAUGCGCUCUUAUAUGACGCAUUUACCAAUUUCCAACGGUCGUACUACAACCGUGAUCAUACCAGCCCUCAAGUGAAUUAUGCUCAUUACAAGACACGGUCUCCAUUAAUAGUCAUCGAUGCGUCAAGACAGUGUGACAGCUACAACUCGGGAGCUGGUGCUAUUGAUAUUAAAUUGGAAAUGGAGUUUAAGGAAAAUGUGCCUUCUAACACCACGGCAUACUGUCUAAUUAUCAAUGAUUCACUGUUUGAGUACAACGCUCUCACUAGUACCACACGGAAAAUGAUUCAGUAG